AUGUCCUCUUAUACCGAUAUGCCCGUCAGCACACAAUUCCAUAUUAGUCCGAGAGCCCUUCGUCGAUUGUACUUGAGAAGAGUCCUGAUAUCGCACAACAGCGGGAGAUCUGAACCCCCAACGCCGAGACCCUUGCCCCCUCCGCCUCGGGAUUCCGAUGAUAUCACAAUUUUGAGGAUUGAGACAAAACAGGAAUCGGGUGAGGUACCUCCAGCAGACGUCGUCGCAUAUCUCAUGCCCGGAGUCAGGAUGUGUCUUGGAAGUCGCCGUGUCAGGAGGACCACUCUACCACUUGGUGCCACUGCGAUAAAUCAAACAAUAGCCCCUCUAUAUCGCGGCCGAGUUGUACCAGCGAAAGAAGAUAUCCAUUUCCUUGUGUCGGACCAGUAUGGCAUUCAAGCCUUCUACACGAAGGCUAACUCUGUUGAGGAACCGAUGCUGAUGGACAAUGAAAUUCCGACCAUCACAACGGUGUAUUUCAGGCGUCUAAUCAUCAUUCAUAAUGAUGUUCAGAACCACCUUGAGCAAGAAGGACGGCGUACACAAUAUUUAAACAGCCGGUCUUCCCUCAAACGCCAGCGGGAGGAUGACGAGGAGGAUAACAGGGAGCCGAAACGCUUGAAGGUUGAUUACAAACUACCGUACUUUGUCAUGCUGCUCGCCACUGGUAUCGCUGUCAAGUAUUUGCUAUGA